AUCUAAUGCAAUAUUUUAAUUUGAGUGCUGUUUUGGUUGUUUUGCUCUGUUUGGUUGGUAGAGUUAAUUUAGUUUCGAGGAAAGGUUCCCAACAUAAGAUUUUAUUCUAUACAUUUAUUUAUGGAGGAUAAAAAUUAUUUUUCCAUUUUUAACUUGAAGUUUUGCUGCCGAUCCAGAUUUCCAUGCAACAGGGCCCAUUUAUGGUGCAGAUUACUUGUCCUCAGUGUCAUGGAGAACCGGAAAUUGUGCCGCCUAAGUAUAUCUGCAAGUCAUGUAAAGGAAGGCGAGUUGUAUUAGGAACGAAGUCAGUCAAGCUUAAUAUUGUGCCAAGAGUAGACAAUGAUGAGACCAUAAAGGUGAGUAGAAGUAGUGGAGCAGAUCGUGAUGGAAAUCAACCUGGUGAUCUUUAUAUUGUCAUUAAGGUUCGCGAAGAUCCUGUUUUCCGAAGAGAAGGUGCUGACAUUCAUGUUGAUGCUGUUUUGAGUAUUACUCAGGCAAUUUUGGGGGGAACAAUCCAAGUCCCCACUCUCACAGGAGAUGUAGUCCUCAAGGUUCGCUCUGGCACCCAGCCUGGUCAGAAGGUAGUUUUGAAGAAGAAAGGGAUCAAGAUAAGGAACUCUUACUCAUUUGGUGAUCAAUAUGUGCACUUCAAUGUCAGCAUUCCAUCGAAUUUGACCCCAAGGCAACGUUAAUUGAUUGAAGAGUUUGCCAAAGAAGAUCAAGGGGAAUAUGAUAAGCGUGCUACUGCUGGAGCAUCAGGGUAAAAUGUAGACCAAUUGGUGUCAUUUGUUUGCUAA